GCUCAUCUGAUCUGUGCCAACACUCGCAAAUGCGCGCCGCUCUCUCCCUUUGCAGUUGUUUGCAAGGUGUCAUGAGCUUCGGCUUAUUACACCACUAGCAUAGAAAUUGGCUUUCUUUUAACACUUCCCAUCGUUCUUAUCCAUCUAAAACUACCCUAUCGAUCCAUCAUCUUGCAACAAAUCUUCAUCGAUUUCAAUACAUAGUCAAAGGAACGACAAGUUAUUUCUUGCUACUGUGAUAUCGAAAGAAUGGCGAAAUUGUCUUUUGAGUUGGAAGCGGGUAACCUGCUGCACCGCCAAAAGGUGUUGAUUGCCGCAGCUUACGCCGGUGCCGAGUGCAAGAAGGUCGCGACUGAAGGUGGUCCUAUUCCCGCCGUGCGUGUUGGCACCUCCCCUCGCGUCGAAUACCUAGGUCCUUGCCUUCGCCGCGUCGCUGGCCUGAAGCAGGAGUUGCUUGGAGCCGACUCUUUUCAAUCUGCCGCUGCGGUCGACAGUUGGCUGGAGUGGACGGAGACAGAAGUCGGCGUCAAGAUGGGCAAGGCUUUGACAGAGGUGUUAAAGCACGUUCUCGAACCGCACCUGACCAAAAAGACGUUCUUGGUCACAGAACAGAUCACCAUUGCCGACAUCUCGUUGGCUCUGAGUCUGUACCCGAAAAUGACCUCCGCUCCCCCAGCGGACUGCCCAGCAAUCACCCGUUGGUUCAACACCUGCCUGCACCAGCCGCAGUUCCAGAAGGUACUGGGAGAAACCGCAAGUAGUGGAGCAGCUGCCGCUGCCGCUUCGUCCGCAGCGUCAUCUGGUGGCGUGCCAGCGAAGAGCGAGACCACUUCUAUCUCCGCUCUCAUGCUCAAGCCCGAGGAUCGUCCAUUGCAAAGCGAGUAUUCUCAGUGCUCCAACAUCAUCGGCGGACGAACCAGGAUCGGCCGCAUUCAGCUCUCUGCCGACGCGGGAGAGUCCCUGAUUGGGCAGAAGUUUGUCAUCUGCGGAUGGGUCAAGACGAUGCGUGAACAGGCAGAACUCACGUUUCUCAGCGUGAACGAUGGAUCGUGCUUCGCCGACCUCCAGGUCGUCAUCGAGAAGGGAUGCAGGGGGUAAGACAUUUGACUACUUUUUUUAUCCUUCUAUCAAAAUUCAAGAUCAACGAAGGAAGAACGAAUUCCUGAGACAGUACCUCAUGCUAGGUAAAUGAAUGAAUGAAUGAGUGCAACAUACAUUACAGAUGAAUUUGAUCAAAAGAAUCUAUCUUCAUCUUGCUUCAAAUCUUAGAGCCGAGACCCUGAAGGGAGCAGUGAACACGGGAGCUUCAGUCAAGUGCUGCGGAACGCUGGUUGCAAGUCCCGCAGACGGACAGAAGGUUGAAUUGGUGUUGAAGCAAGAGGACGAAGUGACUGUCCUUGGUAGCGUUAGUGCGGCAGGAUACCCCUUGAUCAGAACGAAGAAAGCCCAUUCUCGCGAACACUUGCGAACCAACGCGCACUUGCGACCAAGAUCCAACCUCAUUGGCGCGGUAUUCUAGUUUUUACUACAAGAAGAUGUAGGAGAUCGAGAAGAUACGUCACUUGAAAGUAUUCUCUCGGCUUUAAAACUUCAACAAAGUACUAGGACGCGACACGGAUUUCUUCUUUAACCCUCUCCUCCCUCGGACCACCAACACCAUUUAAAACUACAGGUAGCCCGUGUGCGUAGUUCCCUUGCGUAUGCGACUCAUGAGUUCUUUCGCCGCAGACAGUUCUUGUAUGUGCACACGCCUUUGAUUACCGCAAGUGACUGCGAAGGCGCGGGAGAGAUGUUCCAGGUGACCACUCUAUUGGACCAGAUGCAAAAGGACCCCUCGGACAAAGAUUACAUCCCGUUUCCAAAAUCCGCCAAGGAUCUGGAUUUCUCGAAGGACUUCUUCAAGGCGAAGAGCUACCUGACAGUGUCGGGACAGGUAUUGAAUUUAUGUAUUUUUUAGGCGUGUUGUGAUUUAGAAGUGUGGGAAAGUAUGCUGUUGUGAAAAUGAUAAACUAGAAGUACCAUCCAACAUCUAUCUUCCUCAAAAAAUCUAAAAUUCAGCUUGCAGUAGAAAACUAUUGCUGCAGUCUGUCUGACGUGUACACGUUUGGCCCGACCUUCAGAGCGGAGAACUCACACACAACCCGCCACUUGUCUGAAUUCUGGAUGAUCGAACCUGAAUUGGCAUUCGCAGAUUUGCACGACGUCAUGCAGUGCGCCGAAGACUACCUUAAAUUCUGCGUGCAGUACGCAGUAGAUAACUGCUACACGGACUUGGAAUUCUUUGACAAACAGGUAAAAAGCGUCUAGAUCGGAGAUGACCAAGACUUUUCUCCUUCAUUCUCUUCUUGUUUCUACCUCAGUGCUGCUCCCCCGAUAUGCAAGUUUUUCAAUGGGGUUAUUUAAGUAGUUGAAUGGGAGGCAGCAUGUAGUCCUAUGGAAAAAAAAAACCGAGGUCUGGGGCGAGAGACGGGGAUACCCUGAACUUGAACUUGAACUUGAUCCUUGGAGGUUGUUCCUUUUAUUUCUUCCUCACAAACAGAUUGUCCAACAUGUACAAAGGUUGAGAAGGGUCUGCUCGCUCGGUUGAAGAACCUUCUCGAAAAGCCGUUCGGACGUAUGAGCUACACUGAAGCUAUUGAGCUAUUGGACAAGGAAGUGAAGAACGGAAACUUCAAAAAGUAUUUGGAGACCAACUACGCCACUGAACACGACAAAAAGGCGUGGCCGCAACUUUUAACCAUUGAGUGGGGUAUGGACCUGAACUCAGCACACGAAAAAUACAUCGCGGAAGAAUACUUCAAGAGACCAGGUACUUAAUAGAACCUACACUUUUCAUCAAUUAUAGAUUUUAAAGUAGUUUCCGAGUAGAUGAGAGAGAAAGUCUUUUUGCUCCUCAGUAACAAUUUUUACUGAAAUAGAUUUCGCAAAGUGAAAGUCCUCUCAUAUCUAUCAGAUUGGUCUGAAAUGUUCUCUGAAAUGAAUUGAAUCUCCCAACAGUGGCCGUGUACAACUACCCGGCUGCCAUCAAGAGUUUCUACAUGCGCGCCAACGAUGACGGUCGCACAUGCGCAGCUAUGGAUGUGCUGGCGCCGCUUGUCGGUGAGGUUAUCGGUGGGUCCCAGCGUGAGGAACGACACGAUGUUUUGACUGGAAAGAUCAAAGAGAACGGCCUGAACGAGGCAGACUACUGGUGGUACUUGGACCUCCGUAAGUACGGCACCGUACCGCAUGGCGGCUUUGGAUUGGGCUUCGAGCGUUUGAUCAUGCUAACGACGGGCAUUGACAACAUCCGCGACGUUAUUCCAUUCCCGCGUUACCCGGGACAUGCGGAAUUCUAGAAGAUGCACUUCUUCUAAAUAUGAUGCUCGUUUUUCUUGCAGAUUUGGAUGACGGGCAAACUCCUAGAACUAUUGCUUUUUCUGGGUGAAGGGCAAGGUAUGAUGACGAGCAUGGCAUGUGAUAUUAAAACAUAAUGCACUUGCACGGACACCAAUAGAUUUUUUAAGACUAUACUGGCGGAUACAAAUGGCGGAGCUUCUUCAGCGGUUCCGGUUAGAAGUGCAAGAUGUAGCGGACAUUAUAGAAAAAUAUGAUGCAGCAGUUUGGUUUUUGGCUUAAGUUUUGAUUGGUUGUGGACACGCAACAGAGAAAUGAACAUGAACUAACGAAAUAUUCAAAAAAGAGCUCAUUACCUAGUACCCUUACCUCUAUUUUGAAACAUGGAUGAUAUGAUGAGUUGAGAACGCCCUGACGGGGCCUUCUGGUGCAAGAACAAACGACUCGUAAGCGCAAAUAUUGAGGAGUCUCCCUUUUUAUGAAGUCAAAAUCUACUACGCAGAUUUUAGUACUAUAGUCGAGAUGGAUUCUGUUAAAGCAUUCCACCAAUACCAAAAGCAGAGGUUCUGAGAAUGAUCAUCCUGUUCGCGAUUGAAACAUUGACUAUAU